AUGUCUUGGUAUACUUGGGGGGUGAGCAGUGCAAUGAUCUCGACACCAUGUAUGGCUGUUCUUUCACAUUGGUUUCAUCAACGUCGGGGUACCGCAACUGGUAUUGCAAUGGCUGGAUCCAGCCUGGGUGGAGUGGUCUUCCCUUUGGCUUUGAGGCCAGCACUGGAGCGACUCGGCUGGGCAUGGGCACUCAGAAUUCUGGGUUUCUUUUUCAUGCUCUUCCUUGUCAUCGGCAACAUCUGCAUUCGAAGUAGAUUGCCAAUCAAGAAACAAAACGGGAGUAUUAGCGUGCGAUACUUGACGGACUCGCGGUUCAUAUGGGCUACAGUAGGAGUGUUUUUCAGUGAAAUCGUUCUAUUUGCAUCGCUGGGCUUGAUACCGACAUAUGCAGCGGCACAAGGCUUUGAUUCACAAACUGGCUUCUAUUUAUUGGCUGUAAUGAAUGCGUAUGUGAUCCCCAUUUCCUGGAAAUAUCAUCCUGAUCUUGUCUUGCACAGGUCUAAUAAAACAUUCAGCGGGUCAGGAUUUGGCCGCUGGCUCUCUGGAACUGCAUCGGAUCACCUUGGCCGUUUCAACACAAUCUCUGCCAUGAUGCUGACAACUACAUUUCUCAUUUUUGUGUUGUGGUAUCCAUUUGGCCAUCAAAUUGGGGUCCUGUACACCUUUGUCUGGUUCCUAGGAUUUGGGACCGGAAGCAUUCUUAGUUUGACUCCCGUAUGCGUCGGCCAAAUCUGCAAAACUGAAGAGUUUGGGCAAUGGGUUGGGACGUGUUAUUUCAUCGCUAGCUUUGGGACCCUGAUUGGAAUUCCCAUUGGCGGACAGCUACUCCAGGCGGCCGGCCCAUCACGCCUGGUCGUGUUUCUUGGUGUUGUUCUUGCAAUUUCAUUAAGUGGCUUUUUAAUGUCCCGAUGGGCAUGCUUGGGCUAUAAGUGGAAGUGGGGAGUCAAGAUAUGA